UCUCGCUGCUGCAGAAAACUUGUUGCCAUACUGCACUGAUCGAGACGGUUAGCUGCAGCAGCUAGCCUGUUAGCAUUAGCCAGUCAGUGUCCAGGAGCAGCCGCAGCAGAGAAACUCACAUGCUCCGUCCACAAACCAAUGACAGGGACACUAAACUCACAGAGAUGCGCCUCGACAUUGACUGAUAUCUGGCUGGUGUUUACUGUCCUUAUCAACAACGCUCUGCGGAGCUAUCUGAACUGAACAGCGCUGUAACUUAACUCUCCUCGGCUAUGGAUCCUGAUCGACAGAAACGAAGAGAGGAAAUUCAGAAAGCCAUGAGCUUUAUCCAGUCAUCAUUGCCUUUCCCAGAGCCAGAGAGUUACGAGGCAUUUCUGACCCAGUUGGUGUGUAACUUGCUUGACGAGGGUAACUCCUGCUUUCGAGACGGGGACUGUCGCCAGGCGACCCAGCAGUACGGGGAGGGGAUCAGCGUGGCCCGCUACGCUCAGGCUGAAGCCCUCAUCAUCCCCCACGAGCUGCUGGAGAGCCUGUAUGUCAACAGGGCUGCUGCCUGCUACCAGACGAGGGAGUAUGAGCGAGGCGUUCAGGACUGUGACAGCGCGCUGUGUGUGUCAGAAGGCAGUCGCAGGGCUCUGUACCGCAAAGCGAUCUGUCUGAGGGAGCUGGGACGACUCCGAGAGGCCUACGAGUGUGGAACCAAGUGUCUCCUCACAGCACCACAUGACAGGCAGGUCAGCGACCUGGCUCAGGAUCUGGCUACCAAACUGGGUCUGAAGGGCCGUAAGGCUUACGUAAGCCCACAGAUAGAGGCCUCAGAAGGGGAGAGUCUUGGGGAGACGUCCCCACCCACAGGAGAGAUGUCCUCUAAUGGGCUGGAGUCUCUGGGUGACAUGGGACCAGGAGACCUCUCUAAUGCCCAGUGCAUCCCUGCUCCUCUGGCUACACCCAUCCCAGUGAGCGAUGACCCGGCGACCCCGGUGGUGACCCCGUGCACCGACCUGUCGGAGAGCCCCAGCAGCCAGGGCCUGCCCCCCAUGCCCUACUCCGUCCCCGUGUCGGAGCACAUGGACGAAUGCAGCAGCAGCGUCAUCAAGGACGAGCUGGACAGUCUUCUGGACUGCAUCCCCAAAAAAGUCAGUGAGAGUCCGGUCCAGGGUGCUAUCCCCACCAACCUCCCUAACACGGCCGUGGGUCUCCGGCCUCCGUACUCCCCCAACCUUCCUGCCCCGUCGCCCCAGCUUCCCCCGGCCUUCUUCAGCUCCUCCAUGGGGGACAUGCCCCCUCUGGAGCCCUUCUCGCCGCUGGCCCAGCGGGACCAGGGCUCCACCCAGGCGCAGGACGCACUGGGAGGCUUCCCCACGGGGGCCACGGACGGAGACGGGAAGGCAGGAGUCGCUUCUGGAGGCCUGGACUCCUUGUCUGAGUACACUCUCCCUGGGGGACGAGUGUGUCACAGCUUCAUCCCUGGAAUGCGCAACCACAAUGCUGCACACGCAAACGGUCCAGCAGGAACCAACCUGUCUCUCCUCUCCAGGAAUCCUCUUGCAGCUACACAUGAGUUUCGACAGGCGUGUCAUGCCUGUUACAGCAGAAUAGGUCCACGAGUGAUGGACUACAAGUAUCAGCCAGAAGCAGCUCACCGCUGCAAGAGGGACGUUCUGCUGUGCCGCCUCAAAAACACAGACGAUCCCACAUGGAAGAGGAUCCGGCCACGGCCUGCACGGAACAACUUCCUGGGGGCCUUUGUACUCUGUAAAGAGGUGCAGGAGCGCCAGGAGUGCCAGUAUGGGGAGAACUGUACGUUUGCGUACUGCCAGGAGGAGAUCGACGUGUGGACCCAGGAGAGGAAGGGCGCUCUGAGCCGAGAGCUGCUGUUUGACCCGCUGGGCAGCACAGAGAGACGAGCGCUCAGCGUCACCAGGCUGCUGCAGCUACACAUGGGCAUGUUCAUGUUCCUCUGUGAGGAAUGUUUUGACAGUAAGCCUCGCAUCAUCAGCAAGCGAAGCAAAGAAAACUUGGCGGUCUGCUCAAACCUCACAGCUCGACACCCGUUUGACGACAACAAGUGCCUGGUGCAUGUGGUGCGGUCAGCUAACGUGCGCUACAGUAAGGUGCGUCCGCUGCACCCGCUCUGCCAGUUCGACGUGUGUCGGCACGAGGUCCGCUACGGCUGCCAGCGGGAGGACAGCUGCUCCUUCGCUCACUCCGUCAUAGAGCUCAAGUGCUGGGUCCUGCAGCAGGACACCGGUAUCACUCAUGAAGAGAUGGUGCAGGAGUCUAAGAGACACUGGCAGAGGCUGGAGCAGAACGCACAGAAGCAGCAGAAGCCAAUCCACAUCCCCCAUCCCAGCAGCAGCUUACCUGGAGGAGGAGUGGGGGGAAUGGGAGGUGGGGGUGGAGGGGUGGGGGGAGACGGCAUGGGUGGGGGCGGUGUGGGCCCAGUGGGGGGGUUGGGGGGGCUGGGGGCCGGGGUGGGAAGAGGACGCCCCCUCAACCUGAAAAUGAAGUUUGUGUGCGGCCAGUGCUGGAGAGAAGGACAGGUCAACGAGCCCGACAAGAACCUCAAGUACUGCACCGCCAAGGCUCGCCACAGCUGGACGAAGGAGCGUCGAGUCCUGUUGGUGAAAUCCUUUGAGAAGAAGAAGUGGGUUGUUGUCCGGCCUCUGCCUUUCUCCCGCACCUAUCCACAGCAAUAUGACAUGUGCGUGCAUGUGAUGAAGCAGAAGAAGUGCCACUAUAUUGGGAACUGCUCGUUUGCUCACAGUCUAGAGGAGAGGGACGUCUGGACGUACAUGAAGAACAACAGCUUGAGAGACAUGCAACAGAUGUACGAACUGUGGCUGCAGCUCACCAAUCAGAGUCGACGCACAGAUAGCUCUGCUGUGACUCCGCCCCCAGAGGACAAGCAGGUCACCAUAACAGCAGACUACACAGAAAACAUGGGAGGCCGGCGGUUGUCAGAUGGGGACGAUCUCUGAGCGUUGCCGUGUCGACUCGGGGCAGCUGACCACCGCUGAGCUGCAGACAGAGAGACAGGCCUGCUACACCAGCUACAACUAAACACUCUGUCACCUCCUCUAACAUCCAGCCAGCAGUGUGAGAGCAGACGGCCACACAACAAAAUGGUUAACCCCACCCCUAUUUACACACACACACACACACACUUGCAUAUAAACACUUCCACACAGCACACAAUACACAAACCACAGGCACCGCUUAACACAAAGAGAAAGCUUUGUGAGGACUUAGCUUUAGCAUUGUGUUUUAAUAUCAUGCUGCAGUUACACACAGCACCUUUUAGGUUCCCCUUCAGCAGAAAUUCCACAGACUGCGCUGACUGAAAUCAUCAGCUUAGGACUGAGUAUCCGUGUCCACCAGGCACAACUUUUUGUUUUUCUUUGUGAAAUCCUCGCAGCACUGGAACGAUUCUCGUGUGGGGCGCGCUGGCCGCGGCUACACAAAUUAGCUUAGGCGAUAAUUUAAACUGAAUAAAGCUCGGCACUCACACGCUAAAAAAGUUGAAAAUUAAACUUUGGAGUGCCAAAAAAAUGCCAAGCCGACAGUGCUCGAUGUCAGUAGAGAUUUAAGAAAUUAUGAAUUGUAAAAAAAAAGAGGUUCCUGGUGGACACUUUUCAUUAAGCUGCGUAAACAACCAAAUCAUACCCUCCUUCCAUUACGGGACGAUUGCGAGAGGGUUUCAAAAUCACUUUUCUGGAGAUUAAUAAUUUUGAGCGCAAUUGUUUUUGUUUUUUCCAAGGGGAGUUGUACUUCCCUGUUAUAUUGUCUGCCAUAUUGGUAGAACGCUAUGAAUGUAAUGCCUGCAUGGGCCUUGAAAACUAGGAAAUUAGUCAUUUAAAAACGUUGCUGUGGUUGUGGAAUGUAUGCAAGUAUACAUAACAUGCCCCAAAACACACUUGUGUAACACCUGCCCUUCCGCCCCCCCUAUAAGAAGGCGUCAUGAUAGCUGGUUAUGGUUAUAUAAUCAAAGCAACGAGCACAGACACGCACACUCACAUAAUAACCUUGUAGUUGCUGUCAGCUCCUCUUAGGUUGACAGAAACGGGGGAGAGUGACAGGGGAGAUAAAAAAAGUUUCACCUGGGGCUAAAGUACAAACGGCUAACGGCUCAAAGCAAUUGUUGCCAAAGCGACCAAGGGUCUUUUCAGCGUCAUGUACUUUAGACUUUGUGGUGAUUAGCAGACAGAUGUGAAGCUGGUGUAAAGAAGAAGUGACUGCAGCACAGUUCUGGCCAGAGCUGCUCUCAGCAUUAGAUCAUUUCACACCGCAGAUGCCCAUUAAGAAAUAAUGACCUCACUUGGACUGAAGCGUAGUGAAAAUACCACGUAGAAGACUUCAGUUGUCAAACAAAGAUACGUUGAAAAGAUAAUUUAACCCUUUAUCAGGCAAAGAACUAUAUUUGGUAACUUCAGGUAAUAUUUCGAG